UGUAAGGGUCUUCUAUCUAUCUAUCUAUCUAUCUAUCUAUCUAUCUAUCUGUCUGUCUGUCUGUCUGUCUGUCUGUCUGUCUGUCUGUCUGUCUGUCUGUCUGUCUGUCUGUCUGUCUGUCUGUCUGUCAGUCAGUCAGUCAGUCCUUCCAUCCGUCCGUCCGUCUAUAUUAACCAGCAUGUUGGGAAACAAUGCGUUCAGUUCAGUUCAGUUCAGACAACUUUAUCUUCCCCCAUAGGCAAUUCAUUUGUAGCUUCCAAGUCCAUACAUUCGGUCUCAACAGACAACCAACCAACAAUCCAGUGUGAUAUCUAACCUUUAAGACAGGCAAGAAGAAGAAAUUGAUGUAGGCCGAGGGUAAAUUAGAGUAAGUUGUUAACUCCAUAGUGUGUAGUUAGUAGUAGUUUUCUCUGUCACUUUGGUACAUUUCUCAGAUCAGAAUUGAAAUUCUCAAAACUACUUGUUCAAUCUUCACAUCAUUGUUCCACUUGUGCAAAUCAAAAAAGCAGUUUCUCAUUUCUUUGAACAAGUUGCAAAUGCUUUGGUACAUUCAUGUAAAUGAUUAUGUACAAUUCUCUGCUGUUUCCUACAUUAUCAAUUGCUUAUGUCAUGUUGAUCAAAAUGUAUUAUAAUGGGUCUCUGUUGAAUAGUCUCACCCCCCACACAAAGUCUUUACAUGCAAAAUGGUUGAACAAUUUGUCAUAAUAUGUCAAGCAUAUCUAUAUACAUUUCCAUUUGACUUAUUUUUCUAAAUCUGUCCUGAUUUAAAUUUAAAUUGCUCCCAGGUGAAUCUUGACUUUCUCUAACGAAGGGAAAUGUGUGAAGCAUUAGAUCAACAAAUGAUCAACCAGUUUUCUGAAAUAGCUCAAAGGUGCAUCUCAUGAACCAUCAACUGGCAAGUAUAUAUAUAUAUAUAUAUAUAUAUAUAUAUAGCCGGAGCACAACACAAUUAUACAAUGUCUGACAAUGGAAGGACAAGGAAUUGGACGGGGUCAACAGCCAGAGAGAAGAAGAAGAGGAAGAGGAGUGAGGCUGCGUGGUGGAGGAGUUGGGAGGCAAAACAGAGGAAGAGGCAGAAGAGGCCGAGGACAUAUGCGUGUCCCUGAUGAGAUAAGAGCCACACUUGUAGACCACGUUCUCAAUCAUGGGCUUACAAUGGCCGAGGCUGGUCGAAGGGUGCAGCCAGAUGUUGGGAGAACAACUGUGUCCUCAAUCAUUCAGACUUCUUGUCGACAGAGCAGGACUGCAAGGCAACUUCACAGGGUUGGCAGAGGGCCCCUUUUCACACCUGAACAGGAGGAGGCUAUUUGCACCAUGGUUGUAGAAAACAAUGCCAUAAGACGAAGGGAGAUAAAGAGUGCCAUUAUAGAGGACAACAACAUCUUUGAAAACAUCCAAACAGUCAGCAUCUCAACCACUGACAGGCUGAAAAGACACCAAAUGAAUAUGAAGCAGCUGUACACUGUUCCAUUUGAAAGAAAUGGUGAAAGAGUGAAGGAGCUGUGCUACCAGCAUGUACAGCGUAUAAUGGAACUGGAAGCAAGUGAACCACCGCACAACUUCAUCUACAUGGAUGAGGCUGGCUUCAACCUAACGAAACGCAGAAGACGUGGUCGAAAUAUCAUCGGCCACAGAGCUACAGUUGAUGUGCCGGGCCAACGGGGCGGGAACAUAACCAUGGGUGCUGCUAUCUCUGAGAAUGGUGUGCUAACGCAUAUUCCCAUUAUUGGGCCAUACAAUACAGAGCGUCUUGUCACCUUUUUAGACACUCUCUACAGGGAUCUCAUCCCUGAACAAGACAGGGGUCAGAUUGGAGAUGACUUGCCAAAGUACGUGAUAGUUUGGGACAAUGUCAAUUUCCAUCGCUCCAACAUCAUCAGGCAAUGGUUUGCGACCCACAACAGGAUGCUGAUGGAGUUCCUCUCACCCUACUCCCCAUUCCUUAACCCCGUUGAGGAAUUUUUCUCAGCAUGGAGAUGGAAAGUUAAUGAUCGCCAGCCACAUACACAGAUGACCCUUCUGGCUGCCAUGGUUACAGCGUGUGAUGACAUCACAGCAGAUGCCUGCAGAGGCUGGAUAAGACACUCUAAAAGAUUCUUUCCACGCUGCAUCGCAAGAGAAGAUAUUCGUUGUGAUGUGGAUGAGAAUUUGUGGCCCAACAGACAGGAACGUCAGGAGGUGUAGGAAGACUGCACUGUAAUUCCUACAGCACUACUUUAUUUUUGUUUUUUUCUUUGUGCUAUGCAGUGCUGUCUUUUUCUUUUCUGUAUCACAAUGACAUGGUCUGUCAACAAAUACAGUACAAACAGUAAAAGCGUAAAUGUGAAUCUUGUCCAGUCUCUUGCAAUCAAUCUCCCACAUACACUAAGGUGUAACUAACAAUUUACAAUAAUUGUCAUCAAGACUUAAGCCAUAGUUUACAUCAGAACAUCCCUGCAGAGUACAGUUAUAUUGACAACACGACUAAGCAAUUUGACUGUCUUAUCCGUACACAAUAACACAAGGACCUGUCCUUCUGAUGGCAGUGACAUGUUCAUUGACACAGAUAUUUACUUUUGAGAGAUGAACUAAAGAUUUUGAGCAAGAGACUGGCUUUUGCAGGUAAUCCAUGGUGUUUUGCUAUUUGUACGAAUUGUUUUGAGAAAUUCACUUACUGUUUUGCAAAUGUCGAGGAUGAUUCGAGAAAUGUACCAAAGCGAUUGAGAAAAACUGUAAUAGCUUUAAAACAGAGAAGGACCAAACAUAAGAGCUGCUGAGGUCUGAGCAUCUCGAUGAAACUAAAUUCAAUAACUGAGCACUAGAGGGAAACCACUGGUCUGACAUUAUAUUAAACUUCUCUCCUGCACUUUCAA